AUGCUGCUAGGUCGCCAUUUUAAGCUCCAGACCGAUCAUCAACCGCUCCUGAAGGUAUUCGGAUCCAAGAAAGGAAUUCCACUCCACACAGCCAAUCGUCUCCAGAGAUGGGCUCUUACGCUACUUGGAUUUGAUUUCGACGUGGAAUAUAUUUCAACUGACCAGUUUGGAUAUGCAGACGUUCUCUCCCGGCUGAUCAACAAACACGAGAAACCAGAUGAAGAAUUUGUAGUUGCUACAAUCGGCAUCGAAGAAGAGUUGGAUAACGCCUUAUGUGAUUCGUUCAGCAAUCUUCCAGUCACGUUCGAAAUGGUUCUCUCAGCCACAAAGAAAGACAAGCUGCUCCAGACGGUUAUCCAGCAUAUCAACACCGGUUGGCCAGCAGCUAAACAAAUCACUGAUCCAAGUCUCAAGACGUUUUGUUGCCGGCGAGAAUCUCUUUCAAUCGUCAAGGAUUGCAUCAUGUUCUGCGAUCGCAUCGUAGUUCCAGCUGUAUAUCGUGGUCGAAUCCUGAAGCAGAUUCAUCGCGGUCAUCCUGGAAUGGACCGAAUGAAGUCAGUUGCGCGCAGUAUCGUUUACUGGCCUGCAAUUGACGAAGAUAUCCAGAACUAUGUACGACGUUGUUCUAUAUGCGCCUGCGCAGCAAAGUCUCCACCGCAGAUCCAACCUCAGCCAUGGCCGAAAGCAGAAGGUCCUUGGAAACGAAUUCAUUUGGACUAUGCCGGACCUAUCGAGGGAAUGUACUAUCUGGUCAUCGUUGAUUCUUUCACCAAGUGGCCAGAAAUCUUCCAAAUUUCUUCAUCAACGGCGCCAUUGACAAUAGGAUUAUUAAGAGAGACUUUUGCAAGAUUUGGAAAACCUGAUGCACUGGUUACGGAUAACGGAAGCCAAUUUUGCAGUGGCAUAUUCAAGCAGUUCUGUGAGAAAUCCGGAAUCACUCACAUUCGUACCGCGCCCUACCAUCCACAGUCAAUCGGACAGGCGGAACGAUUUGUGGACACGCUCAAGCGUUCACUGCGGAAAAUUACAGACGGGGAAAACAUACCAUCAUCCGAAGCGCUGCAAACCUUUCUUCAAGUAUACCGCUCAACGCCAAGCAACGUGUUGGAAGGAAAAUCCCCGGCAGAAGUAAUGUUUGGCAGACCAAUGACGACUACACUUGAUUUGCUUCGUCCUACGGGAAUCCAUCAAGCCCAAUCCACGUCAUCUUCACUAUCACCUUCCGCCACAACUCUAACUACUGGAGCAAUGGUAUACGCCAAGGUCCACAAGAACGCCAAAACUUGGACAUGGAAACCUGGAACUAUCAUUGAAGCAUUUGGAAAGGUGAAUUUCAAUGUUCUACUGGAUCAAGGUACGGGACGCAGAAAACUCAUUCGUUCCCAUGCAAAUCAACUACGCGCUAGGUAUGAUGAUACCCAGCAGCCAUCACACGAAGUUCAUCUACCAUUGGCAGAACUGAUUGCAGAUUUCAGAUCACCGGUUUCUGUUCAAUCGAAUUUGAAUCCAGAACCAUCCACCAGCUCCGUUUCAAGACCAGCUAUGCCCAUUAAUGAUUCCGCUGACAGCCUGGAUGAAACAAUGCGGACAGCUUCACCAACAAUGAUUGCAUCAACGCCUAUAGCAAUUCCGCUAAGAAAUGAUGAGAUCACACCUCGCCCAGCCAGAUGCUCAAGACCGCCAAGACGAUUGGAGGAUUACAUCCGGUACUGA